AUUCAAUUCCGCCCUUGGCCUGCCCUUCUUAAUUUGGUCUAUUAGCUGAUAAAGGAUCGAUCCUGGUUUGGUCGAGGUGGAGAAGUUUGAAGGGGCUUUGAGCUUAACAAUGUUAGGUAUAAAGAAGAAAUACCAUGUUAAACAAGAAUUGGACGAUGACAAGCCCUCCAUCCAUGGAAGAAUGAAAAGGAACAAUAAUAAUAAUCAGAACCAUCAAACUGGUUUCUGUCUUAUGUCCAUGUUGGAGUUACAAAAACCCAUUAUCAAUACGCCUUGUUGGCCCGUCAAGAAGGCGGCGGCUUCCACAAUCAUCGCUGUCUUUCUCAUUACCGUUCUGAUGGUUACCGUUGGUUGGCUUGAUAUUUCCUUCUUUUCAGGUGUUUCUUCAUAUCAAAACAUGGUCGUGGGUUCCAAAUCAACAACGGCAAGACACAAGCCCGAGUUCCCACUCGAAUGUUCCACUGAAAACCAGACACAAACAUGUCGGAAGGACUAUCCUACCACCACCGGUAUUCCACCCAUGAACACAUCAAAAGUUGAAUGCCCGUCGUUCUUCCGAUGGAUCCAUGAAGAUUUACGGCACUGGAAGCAGACAGGGAUCAGCCGAGACAUGAUCGAGGGUGCACGCAAGACGGCGCAUUUCAGGCUGGUGAUAGUGAAGGGAAAAGCAUACGUAGAGAAAUACAGGAACUCGAUACAGACCAGAGAUAAGUUCACUUUGUGGGGUAUAUUGCAGCUUCUAAGGAUGUACCCUGGAAGGUUGCCGGACUUGGAGCUGAUGUUCGAUUGUGAUGAUCGGCCGGUGGUUCGUUCAAGGGAUUUUCAGGGUCCAAAUGCCCGACCACCGCCGUUGUUUCGGUAUUGUGCUGAUGAAUGGAGCUUGGACAUUGUGUUCCCGGAUUGGUCCUUUUGGGGCUGGCCUGAGACCAAUAUAAGGCCGUGGAGAAAUGUAUUGAAGGAGAUAAAGAAGGGCAACGAGAGGAGGAAGUGGAAGGAAAGGGUGCCUUAUGCUUAUUGGAGAGGGAACCCCAGCGUCGCCCCUGCUAGGAAGGACCUUAUGAAAUGCAAUGCUACCGACAAAAAUAACUGGAACACCCUCCUAUACGUUCAGGAUUGGGACCGAGAAUCUAAACAAGGGUUCAAGCACUCAAAUGUAGAGGACCAAUGCAGCCACAGAUAUAAGAUAUAUACGGAAGGAUGGGCGUGGUCUGUAAGCGAAAAAUAUAUCCUAGCUUGUGAUUCAAUGACCUUAUAUGUAAGGUCUCGUUUCUACGAUUUCUUCAUCAGAGGCAUGCUACCACUGCAGCAUUAUUGGCCCAUUAGUGAAAACACCAAAUGUAAAUCUCUCAAAUUUGCAGUGGAAUGGGGCAACCUUCAUCCUCGAAAAGCACAGGCAAUUGGGGAGGCUGCUGGGAAAUUCAUACAUGAGGAUCUAAAGAUGGACAAUGUGUAUGAUUACAUCUUUCAUUUGCUAAAUGAAUACGCCAAGCUCUUGAAAUUCGAACCUACAGUUCCUCCGGGAGCAGUCGAGCUGUGUUCGGAAACAAUGGCUUGCCCGACAACCGGUACGUGGAAGAAGUUUAUGGUAGAAUCCUUGGUGAUGUCUGCUAGCGAUGUAACCGCAUGCCGUAUGCCUCCACCUUAUGAACCCCAAGAGCUGCGAGACUUUCUAGAAACAAAGGCUAAUUCAACGAGGCAAGUGGAGAUGUGGGAAGACCAAUAUUGGCUUAGUCUGUAUUAAAAGCAAUGAAAAUGCCUAACUUUUGGACCUCAAGAGGUGGUCAUAUGCAAUAGUUUUGGGAUUUUUUUUAUUAAUUAAAACAUCCAAACCUUUUUUUUUCC